AUGUCCGGCGUCUGGGGAGAUUACUCCGAUUACGUAGAGUACCCCACGGGCUACCCCGAAAUCGACCCCGGCACAGCACCCUGCACACAAGAUGAGGUGGGCACCUUCUCUCGUUAUUUUGGCCCGGCAGUUCUCUCCGUGGCUUUUGUGGUGGGCUUGGUCGGCAAUGGUCUCGUGCUGGCCAUCUUGAGCCGGCGCCCUUGCCCUUGGCUCUUCGCAGACUGCUACCUCUUCCAGAUGGCCGUCGCGGAUCUGCUGGUAACCUUCACUCUCCCUUUCCGCGCCGUCCAGUUCACCCAGGGCUGGGUGUUCGGCGAAGUCCCCUGCAAGCUUGUGGGAGCCAUUUCGACUGUGAACAGCUACAGCACCAUCUUCCUCCUGACAUGCCUUAGCGUGGAACGCUACCUGGUCAUCAUCUACGGCGUGCAGCUUCAUCACCUCGUGAAACUUCCCCACACCUACCUCCUCUCCGCCCUCGUGUGGAUCACCUGCUUUGGCCUGUCCGUGGUGGACCUGCAUUUCCGUUCUGCGGGCUACGCGCCGCAGGCCGGGGCUGUCAUCUGCCACCUGAGAUUUGACGCCCGGCAAGCCGACUCUUGGCGGCUGGGGCUGCGCUUGGUCUCCUUCCUCUUUGGCUUCUUCUUGCCUCUCCUGGUAAUGACGGUCUGCUAUUUCCGCGUCUUUCACCGCCUGCGCCAAGCCAGGAUCUUCUGCAGGCACCAGGCCGUGCGUAUCCUGCUGGUGAUUCUGGUGCUCUUCGUCCUUUGCUGGGCGCCCUUCCAUGGAUUCAUCUUCGCAGACAGUCUGCAGCGCCUAGGCCACGUGGCCCGAGACUGCGCCAGGGAGAAGAUUCUGGAUUUUGGGUUGCUUUUCACCGAGAGCAUGGGCCUUGUCCACAGCUGCAUCAACCCCCUGGUGUAUGCCCUCAUGGGGGUCAAGUUCCGGAGAGAACUCUCCAGGUUGUUCUGUUGUUGGGACAGGGAUGUAGAAUGCCAGCACAGCAUCUCCGACGGGGAAUUCAGCCAAGCCACAGAACACACCAUCACCCGACCCAUAGACUAUUCCAUCAUGAUGUGAGCAUUAGGGGUGAGAGGAAGCCUUAUUCAGAGCACCAGAUCUCUUUCCCAAAGAACUGGAACCCCAGGAGAGGGAGAGAGAAACAUCCUGGUUUGUUAAGUAUAGCAAUUUAAUUCACUGAAAUUGCAAAUGCUUGUUGUAUACAUUUACUACGCGUCUAAAUUGGAUUGGUUCAUAACGGAAUUCUGGUGGUUCUUGUGUGAUUGGCUAAUGUUGGUCACAUGGGAGGUAUCCAGUGAAGGAGAGACUCUUUUAUGUGAAGCAAGAGGACUGUGUGUUAGAAUCCACUGUGAACACUGCUAAGUGGAGCAGAGUGCUGGGGUGCUUCUGUUUGAAAGAAAGAGAGCAAAGCUGCAGGAAAAAGUAAAAGUGGGAAACUCUCAUAGGAGCUGCGAAGUAUGGCCCAACUGAGAUACUGAAGGCUGGAAGUGCUGGGAAGGGAGGAAAAUACAGUUGUUUGGAAGUUAGAAGAAGAGACUGUAAGCCCAUGCUUGGAGAAGCAUGUGGCUGUAAAUAUUAUGUUUUAAUUCAUCUAUAACUGUAAGUUUCUGCAAGUAAAGUUUUUGAAUGUUAAAGUCUGGACAUUG